CGCGAUUCCACUGGGAUCAAUUUGCACCUGAUGGUGGGCCCAUGAGAGAGGGCACACCAUCCAGGUGUAUGGCUGCCAUGUGGCUCCAGCUUCACUUCGCUGCGCUGCUGUCGGUCCUAGGCGCACAUGAGGCCAAGGCCCAACGCCUGGUGCUGCCAUUGACGGAGGUCACACAUGGCGGUGAGGCGGCCACCUUACUGGGACGGCGGCUGAAGUUGGACUCCCAUCCGAACGCACUUGGCAACUAUGACAAUGUGCAGUACCAUGUGCAAAUUGAGAUUGGAGCCGACUGCCCUGAUCAGCCGCGGCAAGAAUUCAAGGUGGUCCCUGACACUGGUAGCUCUGAUCUUUGGAUUCCAGCCGUGAAUUGUACUCACUGCAAAUCUCGGACGCAAAAGUUUGAUAUCACAAAAUCCUGCCAAGCAGAACAGAUUGGCAAUCGUAUCACCUUCCGCUAUGGGGAUGGCACGGUGGCCAAUGGAGGCUCCUUCUACGAUACGGUGCGGGUUGGAGAUCUCGAGGUAGAAGGGCAACUUUUGAUUCAAGUGGAUCACAUGGAGUCUGAUACCCACAUGAAGUCUGACGGUAUUUUGGGUUUGGCGCAUCACUAUGCGUCGGACCGAAGUUUGCGGGGUGAGACCUUUGUCUCCACUCUCUUCAGGGAGCAUCCGCAUCUUCCAGCACAAUUCUCGUUCUACCUCACCGGCCGCGGCUCCAACGAUGCCAAGUCGCAACUGGUCUUCGGAGACCCAGAUCUUGCGAGUCACUCCAAGGAGACGCGCUUUCGCUACGGCAAGGGCCAGUACAUGUCCACCACCGACCUGUGGCUGACCAGCGUUUGGUCUGUUGGUUGGAGUGACACAGGUGUCGAGGUGACCUUCCCCGAUCGUGGCACGUUGGGUGCACCUGCUUUGAUUGAUUCUGGAUCGUCACUCCUGGUGAUUGAGCCGGGUGUCUACGAUCGGCUCAUUUCAGAGCUGCGCUGGCGUUUCACCAAUUGCCAUUCGCUGCCGGAGCAGCAAAUCUUGAGCUGUGAUUGUCCACCAGCCAAUGAUCUUAGCAGGAUACCGCAGCUAGUGAUCAACAUCAUCGAUGAGCAUGAUAAACAGUUCAGCUUGUGCAUGUCUCCAGACGAGUUCAUUUUGGAGUCCGUGGAUCCCAUCACUGGUAGGACAUCCUGUGUCCCCUCCAUCCAGCGUGGCAGCGCCUCGCAACCUGUGCCCUUGAUCUUCGGGAUGACGUUCAUGAGAGCGUUCUACACAACUUUUGACUUCAAGCACGGUCGUAUCGGCUUUGCACGGAGCAACCUGUCGCCGUUGCCUGGGUUGGCUCAGUGCUCUGCGGACGCCCAACCACUGCUGCGGCGCAGUAUUUGGGUCCUAUCACUCCUGGUGGCCGUGGCGUCGGUUUGCUUCGCUUGCUACGUCUUCUUUGUGCCAGGCUAUCCCCCGGCCAAAGCACGACCACCUAGCCAGGUGCCUGCAGCCGCGUAGUCGAAGAGCCAAUGUGUUGGUCGAAUCGGUCGAAUCUGAGAGGCUGGGAGAGGACCAUGUUCCAAUACUCGAAGAAUCUCGAAGAUACAGAUUUUGACCUCGUUUUU